GCGCUUUCCCGUGUACCAGGAGAACGCGAAGAAACGGCCGACUGUGCGUGGUGGAAAGCAAAAACAUCCAGCCCGCCGUGUGGUAAUGGUGGUGGCGAUCCAGCACCAGCAGUUGGCCCAGCUAGUUUGCUUCACCGAGAGAGCAUUUCGCGGCGCGUCCCCUGCAAACGGAGCGAUAACUGCUGCACGCAGCUUCCCGUGCCAGCUCCCAGGGUCCAUGUUUUGUUAUGAUAUGUCGUGUAGGAACACAUAAGCAGCAGCAGCAGCAGCAAGGGCAAGGAACGCUGACCGAGUAUUGGCGUAGUUUUGUGAGGUAGCGAUCGUGGUAUAUCGUCCCAUUCGUCAUCAGCGUUCGGUGUGCGUGUGUGUGCGCGCGUGUGCCCAUGAAUUACGUGAGUGGUUCUGUCGGUGUCCUCGACUACUACGUUCGAAGCAUGGCAACUGACGGCUAACAGUGACGAGCAGCAAGUUUUUGGAUGGAUAAAUGAUCAAUCUCCGAGCAGCAGUUCCGUUCGUGAUUCGUGUUUGGUAAAAAAAAAUACAGCCUCAACCACAAGAAAAGAAAAGCAAAACAAAGUUCGAGUGCGCGAGUGUAACCUGUGUGUGUGUACAGUGUUUCUCUCUCUCUCUCUCUCUCUUGCUCUCGCUGUGUUUCGGUGUGUUGUAUGGUUGUAAAAAUUGGCCAUAAAUGCUCUCACGGGGAGUGAAAAUUUUCUUCACGAAAACGACGUAAACCCGUUCAUCCCCCCCCCCCGUUUCUCCCAUCCACACACACACACACCGACGACGGGAGGGAAAACCUCGUCGGAAAGGAAGCAAAGCCAAAAAAAGGUUCGAAAUAAUACUAAAAAAAGUGAAGGGGCACAUACAACACACACACAGCAACCCGUGUGUGUGUGUGAGAGUGUGUGUGGGGCUACACCGGAAUCAGACGGUGGAACGAAUCGACGUCAGAAACGGAGAGUAAGCAGGCUAGUCGAAAAAAAAAACUCGUAGUCACAUUGCUUGGUUUUUCUUUCGCGAAAGAAAAUAUAAGCAAACCCCCGCUUUGGGCCUCAACAUCCCCCCCCCUUUCUACCCGGUUCUGCUCUGGUUGAUUGCCAUUUUCCACGUGUGCGGGAACGCGCGCGAGUGUGUGUAUGUGAAGAGUGAUUUAGCUGGGAGGUGAGGAAGCGUGGGAAAAACGAGCAAUAGAAUAGAACGCCCCGCGUAUCCAGUGCGUGCAAGGAUAACAGUGUCCAUCCUUAUCGUGACAGCUUAACGAGAGUGCGAGAGAGAGAGCGAGUGUGAAAGAGCGAGUGAGAGUAGCAGACGCUGUGUGGUCCUUCAUCAUCGAUGCCAACGAAGGGAAUUGCAAUCGAAGGAAGCCAUCACUAGUCGCGAAAGCUGGCCGCUGCUGCACAUCAUAAUUGCACAAAAGAAAAACAGAACAACGAAGCGCACAACAGUGAGCGAAGAAAACAGUAUCGGAAAAUGCACAAAUCAGCCGGCUGGAAUGAUUUAACCCUACCGCGGCUGUAACCCACAACCUCUCUGUCGCACAAUCAUUGCGUUCGUACAAUCAUCGCACACCCAACCGGUACACAUCAUUUCAUCAGACAAGGGAACAGUAUCAAUCCAAACUGGCUGCCUCACAAUGUGGGGCCAGGAUUCCCCUGAGCCCCAACACUCAGGCGACAAUCGAGAAGCAUUUGCCGGGGCUGCCGAGCAAGCGAUUGCUUAUGCAGCAGGCCUCUAAAAUCACAGAAAAGCGAGACGUUGGAUGCAUAACUGAAGUAUGCAGCGCCGAAGACCUACCCGAGGUGGAGAUUUUCUCCUUGCUCGAGGAGCAAAUCCCACGGUACAAGAUCCGGGCGGACACUACUACCACCUUCGGUGGGUACGAAAAUCAGGACUGGUUCGUGCAGUAUCCAGCGCUACCGAUACCGACGGAAGGGCUCGGCCUGACGACGGAACAGACGCGGGAAGCACUUAACUAUUUCCUCCUAUGCGGUAACCGAGUGAGCCAAAUGACCCGCGCGUACGAUGACAUAGAUGCCGUAACGCGCCUGCUGGAAGAGAAGGAAAAGGACCUCGAGCUAACGGUGCAGAUUGGCAAGGAGCUGCUAGCGCAGAACACGCACCUCGAGAACCGGGUCGCCGAGCUGGUGCAGGAGCUCAAGACGACGAACGAAAACCGGGCGCAGCUCUCGCACGAGCUGCAUCAGAAGAUCGAGCUGAUCGGAAUACUGACGAACGAUGCCGACGACACCAGUGAGAAUGUCACACCGACGGCAUCGAAGUCGAUCAACCUGGAGCUGCUGCAGCGGAAGGUUAAGCAGCUGGAGGACGAAAACAAAUCCCUGCGCACCGAAACCGCCCAGCUAGUGAAGGAGACGGACGAGUGCGAGGAGCAGGAGCGCAGGCUGAUGGCGGACAUCGCGAACCAGCUUACCACGGCCAACAGCGAGUUUGACGGUUUAAAUUUGGAACUCGAACGACUGAAGGAGGAAAACCGGCUACAGCAUGAGCAGAUCAUCAGCCUUACCGGGCGGCUCGCGGACGCCGAGAUACGGCUCCAUCAGCUGACCUCCGAAAACGAGGAAGCAUCGUCGCUGCUCAGCAUCACCAAAGAAAACCAAAACCUGCUGGCGGGCGAGCUGGCCGAGUUCAAGCUGCGCUACCAGGAGGUGCUGAACCUGCUGCAGGAGGCCCAGGAGCAGCUGCGCCGGCAGCGGAAACGCUCCCAGCCGCUCGCGCGCAGCUCGCUCAUUCCCGGCAUUACGGGAAUGCCGGCCGCGCCCGAUUCGCUCCAGUCGGAGCUGAUGGAAACGUCCCUCUACUCGGAGCACAGCCUUGACUCGGGCAUCGAUUCGGUGCGGGGCGGUAUCGGUGGUGGCGGCUCCAUGAUGGGUGGUAUGAUGACCGGCUCCCAGCAGCAGGUUCCCGCCUAUCGGAAGGUGUUCGAGACGGUCCGCUCGGCCAGCCGGGCAAAUCCGAACGGGUUCAGCGAUAGUUUCUCGCAGCUCGGUUCGAUGACGAUGAGUUCCUCCUCGCAGCCGCGCAUGGCACCAUACGUUUACCCCGGACUGGGCGGUACGACCGGCAACGGCAGCGGCGGCAGCAAUGCGGGCAUCACGACGAUGACACACUCCUACAAGAGCGGUUCGUCCGUGUACAGCACGAUGUACGGCGGUGGUGGCGGCAGUUCGCUCGGUGGACGUACGUACUCGCGCGAAAGUCUAACCGCCGACUCGGAGGAUGGCUAUCCGGGUCCAGCCCAAACAGGCAUCCCGGGUGCACCGGGCGCGAAGGAUCUGGAAGCGGCCCUGAAGCGUCUUACCCCGGCGGAGGUGCUAGCGAGACGGGCGAUGCUGCAGCACGCUCCGCUCGGCACGUACAGCUACGACGAGCAGCCUGCGGGCAUUCCGCUCGGCUGCCGCACACCGGACAGUAUUAUGUCGACCGGUUCGUCGGGCCUGUCGUCGUCGUCGGCCGCCGGCAACGGCCAGUGGCGCCUUCCGGAGAAGCUGCAGAUCGUGAAACCGAUCGAGGGCUCGCAAACGCUGCACCACUGGUCGCGGCUUGCCACGCCCACCCUGAGCGGGCUGCUCGAGGAGCGGCCGGGCGUGACGAUACGCGGUGGCCGCGGGCUGGACGAGCUGGGCCUGCAAACUUACUCGCUGUCCGACGUGGAGGAGGACGAAGACACGGAAGACCAUCCGGGCAAGCGGUUCCAAUCGUUCGGCUGCACCUACACGUACACCAACAGCACGGUGCUGCAUCCGGACGACGGUACGACGGCGGUUACGUUCAGUUUGCCACCCUCGCAAAUGUCCUCCCAGAUGACGUCCGAGUGUCCGACGCGACAGCCGACCGCACCGUCAACGCCCCGCUCCAGCCUGUCGCGGCGCAACUCCUGCUCAACGUUCAGCGUGAACAUGGGGCUGGCGUCGAUGCUGAACGAGCGUGGCAUUAAAGCCGUUACACCGAGUGCCCUUAAUACGCCCGCCGGGCCCAACUACUCACCCACGGUGACACCCUGCAAUAGUCCUGAUGGUUCACCCACUCGUUCAAUGUCUCCGGAACCACCGCUCCUAUCCGGGCUGCUCGCCUCGACGGCCGACAUCCUGCGCAAGCGGUUCGUCGCCUCGACCGGCGGCCAGCACAGUUCCGCCGAUCCGGCCGAUCGUCCAUCGAGAAUAAUGACCCGCAACAAGGUCGCGCUGUCGCGGCUGGAAAAGAAAGCGCUUCGCUCGAUCAAGAUCAUGGAAAAGGUGGAAAGCAUCGGGCUGGAGAACAUUAUGCUACCGCCGCAGCAUCCACCGGGUAUCAGUCCGCUUGCCCUGCACGGCACCUCGGCCCUCUACACGGCAGCCGCCUCCGGUCGCGGCCGUAGCCCGAUGGCACAGCUUACCAGCCUCAAACACAUGCAGGACCAGCGACGCAAAGCUCAGCAGCAGCAGGCGGACGAUCUUGUAACGAUCGACAAGGAAACGAUCAAAGCGGUCCUAACGAAGGGUCUGUCGCACGACAGCCUGAAGAGCAUGGCUUCCUCGUCCGGCGCGAGCAGUGGCAUCAGUACAGCGAUGUCCUCCGACUCGGACAGCUCAUCCGUGGCGAGCUUUGACUCGGAACCCCGCACCAAGGACACGACCAGCGGUGCCAGCUCGGCUGCUACCAACACCAAUACCGCCUCCCCAACGACAGCGGCCCGGCUGAAGCAGAUGCAGCGGCAGAAAUCGCGACGCAAUCUACUGAACGGUGCGAACGGUGGCUCCCAGCGGCCGGAUCUCGGCACGGUGAACGGUUCCAGCCGUCCCGGGGUACGACCGGACCUUGGCACAGUGGGCAGCAAAGCAACGGGCAAAACUGGUGGCAACAGCAGCACCGGUGGAAGUGGCAAGGACAGCCGCAGCAAACAGCAAUCGACGGCAACUGCUGCAGCACCGGCGGUUAAGGAAGAAAGCCGUUCACUCGGUCAGAGUGUGUACGGUACGAUCAGCUCGUUGCUGUUUGGCCGCAAGGGUGGUUUGCUGUAAGAACACUAGCGAGAGCAGUGAAGGACACAAAGACGACCGCGGCAGCCACAGCAGUACAUGCGCGGGUCCGGCUGAAAAAAAACCCAUUAUGUUGGUAGCCGUCACAGUUUACAUCCACCUUUGUUCGUAUAAUUUUAACCCACAAACAGAUUAUUUCCUAUAUUCAUUUAGUGUGCCCAUCAUAUCCUCGUUCUGUAAAGUUUUAGUACAUCCCCUAGUGCGCAAGCAAGACAAAAAACACACACGCACAUAUUCUACACAAUAAUACCUCCAAAAUGGCAACAAUUACCCCGCGAGGAAAAGUUAUUUUGCAUACCUUCAGGGGACGAAAUCCAAUAAGAAUCCUUCUAUUUGCCGUGCGCGCUCGCUGAGAGUAAAACAGAUACACCUUUUCUCGCUUCCCUCGUUUUUGGAGGGAAAAGAGGAAUGCGGGCUCUCCCUACACCACCUGAAACCAUUCAAGCAAGCAAGGAAUUACGGAAAAUCAGGCUUACUCUCUCGUAUGCACAACACUGCCGGGUGCUGGUUUUUUUGUUUGUCCAGUUAGAAACUUCAGUAUUUGUUCGACAUUAGUCCUUUCUUGGUGCUUUUCCACUCUAUAUACGGUGGCAGCUCAGUGUUACUAGCAGGCAUAAAGUGUAGUCAAAUUACGAACAUUCCGGUGCUCAUUCAGUGCCAGACCACUGAGAACUGAUAUAAAAACCAUCGUUAAAUAAAGAUGGUGUUUAGAAACUGUA